AUGGUGGUUCUCGUUCCCUUCGUUGUGUUGCUCAGCGCAACAUUUCCCCUGCAUCCAGAGUCUUUCCUAGAGGGCUCCUUCAUCGUCGCCAGAGUAGCGGAAGCCCUACCCUUCCUGGGAAUUGGACGUACGAAGGAUGUUACACGUAGGACAAUACAGCCCUUGCCAAGAGAUGCGCUCACUUAUGGGAUUCGUCGUGACAGGGAUAACACGGGCGCUAGGACCUUGACCGGGGCGUCCUACACAGACACAACCAAUAUGACCGUCGAGGCUUGUGUCAACUACUGCAUUCAACAGGAAUUCGUCUAUGCCGGUGUGGAAUAUGCAUCGCAAUGCUUCUGCGGCAAUGGGAUUGAUAAUGGGGGGACCUUAGCCAAUGCUAGUGAUUGCAACUUCCAAUGUGCUGGGGACGCGUCUGAAACGUGCGGCGCGGGCAAUCGCCUGAACGUGUAUUGGAGUGGGGUGCAACCUCCCGCACCCCCAAUUACCGUUCCGAGUAUCGGUUUAUGGCAGUCUCUCGGAUGCUACAGCGAUUCCGUCAACGCUCGCACGCUCGCAGUGACACCUGCGGUCACGGGAGACGUUGACAUCGAGUCAUGGUAUCCUCUGGCUGGUGCGGAAUAUGCAGACCAAUGUUAUUGCGGUCUUGAGUUCGAUAAUGGAGGCGCACCGAUCGCCAUCAGUGACUGUAACAUGGCCUGUGCAGGAAACAGUUCCGAGUUUUGUGGCGGUCCCAACGCACUGAAUGUUUACAAUUACACCGGCACACUACCACAUGAGCCACAACCUCCAGGAGGAGGAGGUGGUGGUGGAGGUGGAGGUGGAGGUACCUCUAGCUCUGUCUAUCCGGUCACAUCUGGCCUCCCUGCUCCUUGGCAGUAUGCUGCAUGCUAUGUUGACAACGUCAAUGGCCGUGUUUUCGCAAACGAGCUCCCAGACAACCAAAACCUGACCGUUGAAUCAUGUAUUGCCAACUGUACAGCCGAAAAUUACACCCUCGCUGGUCUUGAAUACAGUGUUCAAUGCUUCUGUGGUGACAAUCUGGUCAACGGCGCGGUCACUGCAGAUGAGAGUGACUGCAACAUGGGCUGUGGUGGAAAUGCUACGGAGGCGUGCGGCGGACCUAAUCGACUUUCGGUGUACACAUCGACCGGCAACGUUACCGCCUACCCAGUCUCCAUUGUGCUGAACACUAGUCUUCCUGGCCAAUGGCAAUACCAAGGCUGCCUCGAUAUUUAUUUAGAUCUCAGGGAGCCUGGCGCCAAUAGAACUUUCCCGUAUCAGAAUAUUUGGACCGACAACAAUACCGUCGAAGCUUGCCUCAAUCAAUGUGCCUUGUUCGGAUACCCAGCAGCCGGUAUGGAAUAUGGCGACGAGUGCUGGUGCGGCGAUGUUUCGGACGUUAUACAGUACAGCCCUGGAUUCUCCGCGGAGUCUGACUGCUCGAUGCCUUGCUCUGGAGAUCCUCUACAUCUUUGUGGUGGGCCUGAGCGUCUACAGCUCUACUAUUGGAAUGGCGGUUUGCAAACAUGGCACACCCCAGCGAACACAGGCCGAUACGAGUUCCUGAUUGGCGGAGUAGUGGUUCCGCUUUUAGCGACUGUGGGCAUCAAUGGCAAAGUUGCUUUCCUGGAGAAGUGGGGAACGAGCGAGUAUGAGAACUCCACAGGAGCAUACGAGCUUGAUCUCAGCCUCGUCGACAACUUCGAUCUGGCGUGGCGUACUAUGCAUCUGCUUCCUGACGGACGAGUUUUAAUCUCUGGUAGUGAUCCUGAAACCCCUGGAUACCCAGAAGAGAUGAGGGUGGAAGUGUACAUCCCGCCCUACCUGACGCAAGGGUUCAUACAGCCGAACGUUUCCGUGGAGCAGAACGACUGGGAUUAUGGCGGAACAUACACGAUCACCGUCACCCUCUAUCAAGGGACAACGGAUACAAUGAGAGUGUCCUUACUUGCUGCAACUUCGAGCACCCACGGUAACAAUAUGGGUUCGAGGACAAUCUUCCCCGAGUUCUCGUGCAAUGGAAAUACGUGUACUGUCACGGCGCCGCCCAACCAGUACGUUUCGCCUCCCGCCUGGCAUCAGCUAUUUGUCCUCGACGGGCCCACGCCGUCGCAUUCGCAGUGGGUGCGCAUCGGCGGAGAUCCCGGAGAGCUCGGAAACUGGCCUGACUUCCCCGACUUCACGAGACCUGGAGUGGGUCCGCUGUGA